UCGACUGUCUCUGUGUCUCUCUCUCUCUCUCUCUCUCUCUCUCUCUCUCACUUUGUCUCUGUACUUGCCUUCUCUCUCUCUCUCUCUCUCUCUCUCUCUCUCUCUCUCUCUCAAUAAAUCAAUCACUCAACGUGCGGUUUCUUAACAACCCUCUGAUCAACUGUGAACAGAAGGAUUUGGCAGAAAAUCCACAAGGAAACCUCUUGUAGAAUUAAGGUUUUGAAGUUUGAACUGCAGUUCAAUCAGGAAGUUUUUGGCAAUAUUUAACUUUGUGGAGAUCGUUUCAGUGAUUGAAGAUUACAUCCUUUGAUUGGUUAUGUCUGGAUGAAAUGUGGAAUGAUUAUUGGUAUCUUAGCACCUUGUCUUUACUGGACAUGAUUAAAUAAUUCAAGGUGACAGGAAUAUUCAGCAUUGGCAGAAGGUGGUAUUGAUUCUGAGCUAGUGUCAAAGUUUUGCUAUGUAAACAGCUACCAGUGACUUGCUACUUAUGAAGGAAGCUAUUAAAUUUGAUCCCGACAAGUUUGUAAAAUAGCCUGCCAGACUUACUGCACCUGGGUAUUUGAGUUGUGUGAUAUCUCCAAGGACAAUGGGCGAUGCACCAAAGUUCUUAAGUAUACGUGUUAUUCUGGAUGCCAAUGAAGAUUAGCAUUUGUGCCCUGAAAUGACAUUUGAUGUAUGCAACGAUGUAAUUUAUUGGGCUGGAUAGUUGUUAGGAAGUUCUUUUGUUACGCGGAGCAGUUAAAAGGCUGUUGUGCUGAAAUCCUAUUUGUUGGAAGAGUCUACUACAUGGACACUAGAAUUUUUACUGCUAACGAUCUGCCAAGGAUCAUUCAGCAGUUACUUCCUGCUGUUGGACCUGCGCUUUUAAUUGCAAUAGGAUAUGUUGACCCAGGAAAGUGGGCAGCAGUUGUCGAGGGAGGAGCCCGUUUUGGGUCUGAUUUGGUUCUGCUAAUGCUCGUUUUCGGUUUUGCUGCUAUUUUGUGUCAGUAUCUUUCAGCUAGUAUUGCUGUUGUCACAGGAAGAGAUCUUUCGCAGAUUUGUAGCGAAGAGUAUGGCAAGGCCACAUGCAUAUUCUUAGGAGUUCUAACAGAGAUCUCCAUGAUUGCUUUGGACCUCACUAUGAUUCUGGGCACUGCACAUGGGCUAAAUUUAAUUUUUGGCGUGGACCUCUUCACGUGUGUCUUUCUGACUGCUAUUGAUGCUGUCCUGUUUCCUGUUUUUGCCACCCUCCUGGACAAUGGCAAGGCAAAAUUCCUUGGCAUAUUUGUAGCAAGCUUUUUGUUACUUUUUUAUGUCCUUGGAGUCCUAUUUAGUCAACCAGAAAUUUCAAUCUCCGCAAGUGGGACGCUAGUGAAGUUAAGUGGGGAGAGUGCAUUUGCAUUGAUGAGUCUUCUUGGAGCGAAUAUUAUGCCACACAAUUUUUAUCUCCAUUCUUCGAUUGUGCAGCAGCAGGAUCUGGGACCACUGAAUGUCUCCAAAGGAUUCUUGUGUCAUGACCAUUUUUUUGCCAUCCUCUGCACCUUCAGUGGUAUCGCCUUGGUGAACUAUGUGCUGAUGAAUGCAGCAGCAAAUGUGUUCUAUAAUGCUGGCCUUGUCUUGCUCACAUUUCAGGAUGCGUUGUCGUUGAUGGAUCAGGCAUUUAGGAGUUCAAUAGUACCCUUUGCAUUUCUACUAGUUCUAGUUGUAUCCAGGCAUAUCACAGCGGUAACUGGGAAUCUUGGUAGACAAGCAAUCCUGCAGGAUUUCUUCGGAAUGGACAUUCCCGGUUGGCUCCAUCAUGUUACAAUCAGACUUAUUGCUAUUAUUCCAGCUCUCUAUUGCGUUUGGAAUUCAGGAGCCGAAGGAAUAUAUCAACUGUUAAUAUUUUCACAGGUUGUGGUUGCUCUUAUGCUGCCGUCUUCUGUGAUCCCCCUUUUUCGGAUCGCCUCAUCAAGAUCGGUUAUGGGAGUCAACAAGGUUUCUCAAUUUGUUGAAUUCUUAGCCCUGAUCAUGUUUGUUGGAAUGCUGGGAUUAAAGAUUGUAUUUCUGGUAGAGAUGGUGUUUGGGAACUCUGACUGGGUGGGUAAUUUGAGAUGGAAUGUGGGGAGUAGCAUUUCUAUGUCUUACAUUUUUCUUCUCAGCUCUGCUUCUGCCUUGCUCUGUUUGAUGCUUUGGCUUGCAACCACACCUUUGAAAUCGGCUACUUCCAGAUUAGAUGCUCAGGUAUGGAACUGGGAUAUAAAUGAUGCUGUACCUGAUUCAUCGGCACAGAGAGAAAAGGGUGAUUUGAGUGAAACUGGAUAUUACAGGGAGGAAUAUGUACGAAACAAAGAACCUGCAUUGGCACAGCGAAAGUCCUUGGGAAUUCGACCAAAUAUUUUUGCUUCAAGUUCUGAUCUGAAUUUACCCAAGACACCCCUCGAUUAUGAUAUAAUUCCUAAUUCGACAAAUAGUGCGGACACUGGUUCGAAUAUUACAUGUCCUACUCCCUUUAAAUCCCCUCUGGAGGAAUCAUCUACCACAGUUGGGGUGGUUGGGGUCUCAACUCUUUGUGAUGAAGGUUCUGUCAGUGAGUCGGAGCAUCCCAUUGCCAGGGAGGCGGAUUCAUUUGACUUAGCAGAGAAAACCGCAAGAGCAGAGGGGGAUUUGGAGACUGGGAUAGAUGGUCAGGGAGAUAUUUGGGAGCCAGAAUCAUCAUCAAAAGCGGUAGCUGGGAUUAGCCACUCCUUAGCAGUUGAUGGUCCAGGAUCAUAUCGGAGUCUCAGUGGAAGAGGAGAGGAGGGCGGAAGUGGGGCUGGAAGUCUCUCGAGAUUAGCAGGGUUAGGGCGUGCUGCAAGGCGUCAAUUAGCUACAGUUCUUGAGGAGUUCUGGGGACAACUGUUUGAUUUCCAUGGGCAACCAACACAAGAAGCAAAGGCUAAGAAACUGGAUUUGGUGCUGGGGGUCAUUUCAAAGUCUGAUCAAAAGCCUGCCAUUCAGUUGAAAGUGGACAGCAGUGCCAAUGAAUUCACCGGAUACUUUCCAUCUGUGGGGGGAGCAGGAUCUGAUUCUCCUAUCAAUUCAGGUGUAUACAACUCUUCAGAGCUUCUGGGGUUGCAAGGUGGCAUAGAGCCAUCAUAUGGGGACAAAAGGGGGUCAUCUUCACCAUGGUCAAGCCGCUUGCAGUUGUUAGAUGCAUCCGUGCAACACUCUAGCCACAAUGCUCUUGACCCUAGUGAGAGGCGCUAUUCUAGUUUGCGACUUCCGGCAUCUUCUGAUAGUGAGAGGCGCUAUUCUAGUUUGCGACUUCCUCCGUCUUCUGAUAGUGAGAGGCGCUAUUCUAGUUUGCGACUUCCGCCAUCUUCUGAUGGAAUUGACUAUGAGCCGGCCACUGUGCACGGCUUUCCAAUUGCAUCAUAUCUUAACCGCAUUCCUAAAGAGAGGAAAAAUGACUACUUAGAUGGCCAAAUGGAAACACUAACCCCUAAAUCCUCAUCUUUGGGCAUAUCAAGUUACAUAGAUCCACCUGGUUUCACCUCAGCACGAAAACUGCAAAAUGGGUUAAGCACUAUGAAGCCACCUGGAUUUUCUAACACUACAGUGUCGAGAAAUAUUUCGGCGCAACCUGGAAGACCAUUUAAUGAUCGAUGGUCACCUGGACCCACCGAGAAUGUCAAUAGUGCAGUUAACACAAAGAAAUUUCAUAGCUUGCCAGACAUAUCCGAGCCCUCUUUUCCUUAUAGGGAUUCACGCUUUUCUGAUAGGAGUGCUCUAUUUGAUAGCACCGCUGGAUAUGGGACAUCCUCAUCCUUACACCCAAGUAGUUUAUCGAAGGUAGGAGCUCCUUUGGCUUUUGAAAAUCUAUCUCCUUCUAAGCAAUAUAGAGACCCAUUCACCUUUCAGUAUAGCUCCAGCUCAGAAGCUGGAUCACUGUGGUCCAGACAGCCAUUUGAACAGUUUGGAUCAUCUGAUAAAAUACACAAAAUAAUGAGUGAGGGAGUUGGGAUUAUGAAAAAUUCAGUUACUCCAGAAACUGCACCUGUUGUGGAUUGGGAAGCGAAGCUACUUCAGUCGUUCAGACACAAUAUCAUUAAGCUUUUGAAAUUGGAAGGAUCUGACUGGUUGUUUAGGCAGAAUGAUGGCGCCGAUGAGGAUCUUAUCGGUCGUGUGGCUGCUAGGGAGAAAUUUCUUUAUGAAGCUGAAACUAGGGAGAUAAGCCGGUUGGGUCAGAUGGAUGAAGCUCAGUAUUCCUUUGAAAGGAAGCCAGGUUCUUCUCUGAAGAAUGGGGAGGCAGAUUAUUCCAAUAAUCUUGUUUCUUCAGUUCCUAAUUGCGGAGAUGGUUGUGUUUGGAGACCAGAUUUGAUAAUAAGCUUUGGGGUGUGGUGCAUUCACCGGGUACUUGAGCUCUCACUCAUGGAAAGUAGACCGGAGCUGUGGGGAAAAUACACGUAUGUACUAAAUCGUCUUCAGGGAGUCAUUGAUCUGGCAUUUUCGAAACCUCAUACUCCAAUGACACCUUGUUUCUGCCUUCAAAUUCCAGCGGCACACCAACAGAGGUCAAGCCCCCCACCCAUUUCAAAUGGAGGAUUGCCCCCGCCUUCAAAACAGGGCAAGGGGAAGAUCACGACGGCAGCGAAUCUUGUCGAGACAAUCAAGGACGUGGAAAUUGCAAUAUCGUGCCGGAAAGGUCGGUCAGGCACUGCAGCAGGUGACGUGGCUUUCCCCAAAGGAAAGGAGAAUCUGGCGUCGGUCCUCAAACGGUACAAGCGUCGCUUAUCUAUCAAACUAGUGGGGGUCGCCACAUGAAGGCGGGUCUGGGUCGUAGAAAGUUCCUACAACAACUCCUUAUGGCUCAUAACGAUUGUCCGCGCUAUAGUAACAUACAUCUUUCUCUCUCUCGUGCGCUCACAUGAGUAUCAGAUCUUUCCUGCACUUUCAAUAUACAUGUAUCUUAUGUAUGCUUAGGAUAAAACUACAUGGUAAUUUAAUUGCAGCUGAAUGGGGUAAAAAAAAGGGGGUAAAAGGAAGUUGGGAAAAGAUUGUCAGAAUCUCUCUCUCUCU